AAUGUCUAGAGUCAAACAAUCUUUAUGUAAAUUAUGUUUUUUACAAUGUCUAGAUGCAUAACAAUCUCCAAAUACAGGUAGAAUUUAGAAGAUUUCAGAAAAACUCUCUACUAUUUAGAUAGGAGUUGAGAAUGAAAGAUUUUAGAAAUUGGAAUAAGCUGAAUAACGUAUUUAAUAGGCUGAAGAUGCAUUUAAUGAGUUUUAGGAGUAAAUCUUUACUAAACUCAAUGGAUUACGAGAUUAAGUAUACUAUCUAUUAAAUUUAUUAACAGUUGGGUAAAUUAUACAAACAAGUGGAUGAUGACAAAAUGGCUAAAGAAUAAGCUAUUGAAGCCAAGAAUAGAGAUGUUUAAGCUUUAACAAAGAAGUUUGAAAAUGCUAUAGAGAACGAGUAACAAACAAAGAAGGAAGGAGAAGCAAAGAUUCUUAGAUUGACAGAAGAUAAAUCAGCCUUACUUAGAACAGAAGUAUAGAAAGAAACUGCUUAAAGAGUAGAUGCCAUAGAAGGUAUUCAUUAAGGAUUACAAAAUGAUUUGCCAAAGAUUUAAGAGGCCAUUCGAGAAGAAGCUAAUGAAAGAGAUGAAUCUGAUUAAAAUGUAAGGAGUAUUAUUUUAAUAUUUAGGUAAUGAAAUCAAUCACAGAUGAAUUAGUAAAAUUAAGUAAUUUGAUCAAUGUAGAGAAAAGGAAUAGAGAUGAAAGUGAAUAAUCAAUAUUUGAAAUGCUUAAGGAUAUAGUGAAUAGAGUCAAAGUAGAAUUAGAUUAAGAGAAAAGAACUAGAGAAUAAUCAGAAGAACAUUUACUUAGUUUAUUGGAAGAUACCUGUAAUAAAUUAAGUAUUGCAGCAAAUUUAUGAA